AUGCAGCAGUGGACCAGAUUUUUUUUGCUGAGUGCAGCGCGCCAUUUUGACGAUGAGACCUUCCACAGAGGACGGGAUAUCAUCACUGAAGGUGUUUCUGCGGUGAAGGCCCAUGCUAAGCUAGAAAACUAUUUCAGAGGGAGGUUGUCUCUAGGGCAAAUCUGUCACACCCUGCAGGACUUCUACAGCCACAGUAACUGGGUGGAGCUGGGAAAUAAAGCUCCAUACAGUGCUCUGAUCAGACCUGACCAACCUCUUAAGAACCUGGCAGGACAAAAUACGCCAACUUGCAGAAGUUGUGUAGGAGAGAACUGUACCAACAACAUUCUGCCUGAUGUGCUGAACCAGGGACUUCUGACUUCAGGCUACUUCGGCAUUUUCUUCUCAUCAAAACCCACAGGUAAAUGCAGUCACGGUGGAUCUGCUGACCGCACAAGCCAAAAGGAUCCAGUAGGAGGGAUCAAUAAGGAUACAAUUGAUUCCAGUCAUGGCUUCCGUCACAAUGAAGCAGCUAAUCUGGCUAUUCAUGCCACUAUGGAGCUUCUGGAGGAUGUCAGAUUAGCUGCUGGAGACACAAACUUCAUGAGGUAA